CGAAGGAAGAAGUGAGAAUUUUAAAGUGCGUUGUUAAUAAUGUUUAUUGAAUACAAAAAUAACAAAGAAGAAGAAUGCAAUAUGUAUUCUAAUAUAAAUAUCAAUAAAAACGCGAGGAAAAUAUAAAAUAAGUAAAAUAUAUUUGUUUUAGGAAUGAUUCAUAAAAAAAGAAUUACGUACAUAAUAAUAAAAAUAAAUUCUGGUGUCUUGUUGCAAUUACUUGAAAUAAAUUUAAUAACAGAAGAAUUUAAGAAAAAAAUUGUGCAAUAACAUACAUAUUAGAAAAAUCAAUAAUAAUAGAAGAAAAGUAAAAAACCAUCAGUGAAAUAAAUAACGAAACCAAAAAAAAUUGGUAUUAACAACAACAAAACGGUGGGUUGAAGCAAUGUUAAUAUGGAAAACAACUACAAUAACUCAAACGGAAGCGGAAACGAAAAUCAUGAACGACGUCAAGUGCAUUUGUGGUGGGGACAACGUUUGUGGCAAGAGUUACGUGGCCGCAUACAUAUGCGUACACCACCGCUUACAACGCCAUGCGACGAUGCUAGAACACCAUCGUCCGCUACAUUAGACGAUGGCGAAAAGCGGGUCAUCUUUGUUAAUCGUCCUCAAAUACAGAAAUUUUGCAACAAUCAUAUUUCAACGGCAAAAUAUAGUUUCAUAAGUUUUCUACCCUCGUUCCUAUUCGAGCAAUUUCGCCGGUAUUCGAAUUGUUUUUUCUUACUCAUCGCUUUGCUGCAGCAAAUACCAGAUGUAUCUCCGACGGGACGUUACACAACAUUGGUGCCACUGAUAUUUAUUUUAUCUGUAAGUGGCAUUAAAGAAAUCGUAGAAGAUUAUAAAAGACAUCGGGCUGACAAUGAAAUCAAUCAUAGAUUGGUGGAGAAACUCAAAGAUGGUGUUUGGACCACGGUGCGCUGGGAACAGUUGUCUGUGGGCGAUAUAGUAAAGAUUCCAAACAAUACAUUUUUCCCUGCCGAUUUGAUAAUAAUGUCGUCUAGUGAGCCCCAGGCUAUGUGCUUCAUAGAGACCUCAAACUUGGAUGGCGAAACAAAUUUGAAGAUACGCCAGGGUGUUCCAGCAACGGCCAAGUUAUUGGAGACUAAAGAUUUGAUAGAACUAAAAGGUGUAGUGGAAUGUGAGCUACCCAACAGAUUGUUGUAUGAAUUCAAUGGUGUUUUAAAGGAGCACGAUAAGCAGUCGGUUUCCCUUGGUCCCGAUCAAAUUUUACAAAGAGGCGCUGUGUUGCGCAAUACUUCUUGGAUAUUUGGCAUUGUUGUUUACACGGGUCACGAUACAAAACUUAUGAAAAAUUCUACCUCUGCUCCACUGAAGCGUUCCACCGUGGAUCGCCUGACCAAUACCCAGAUAUUAAUGUUAUUUAUGAUAUUAUUGGUUCUAUGCAUAACAAGUGCCAUCUUCAAUUUCAUCUGGACCCGCAACUACUUUGUCUCCGAUUGGUAUUUGGGUCUGGACGACUUUAAAAGUAAAAACUUUGGCUAUAAUCUUCUAACCUUUUUUAUACUUUUCAACAAUUUGAUACCCAUCUCUCUGCAAGUCACCUUGGAGCUGGUGAGAUUUUUACAAGCCCAGUUCAUCAAUUGUGACAUACAAAUGUAUCAUGUGGAUUCGAAUACGCCCGCUAUGGCUCGUACCUCAAAUCUCAACGAAGAAUUGGGCAUGGUAAAGUAUAUAUUUUCGGAUAAAACCGGCACUUUGACACGCAACGAAAUGGUUUUUAAAAAAUGUUCCAUUGCCCGGCAAAUGUAUCAAACGGAAAAUACGCCCGAACAAAGUUUAGUGGUGCAACAUUUGUUAAGUAAACAUCAAAGUUCGAAAAUUAUUAAAGAGUUUUUGGUCUUACUGUCGGUAUGUCAUACAGUUAUACCGGAGAAAAAUCCAGACGGUACCAUUACCUAUCAUGCUGCCAGCCCAGACGAACGGGCUUUGGUAGAUGGUGCCAAGCAAUAUGGUUUUGUUUUUGACACUCGCACUCCUCACUAUGUGGAGAUUAAUGCUUUGGGUACUCGGGAGCGCUAUGAAAUACUCAAUGUUUUAGAAUUCACCUCGACCCGUAAACGCAUGUCGGUGAUUGUUAAAUGUCCUGAAGGAAAUAUAAAAUUGUAUUGCAAAGGAGCCGAUAGUGUGAUUUAUGAACGCUUAGCUCAAGAGGGACAAUCGUUUAGAGACGUUACGCUCAGCCAUCUGGAAGAAUUCGCUGCCGAAGGUUUACGUACUUUGUGUUGUGCUGUGUCCAAUAUUCCCGAUGAUGUGUACAAAGAUUGGCAAGCUACUUACCACAAGGCUUCGACGGCUGUAAAUGAACGUGAACGCAAGGUGGAAGAAGCAGCCAAUUUGAUAGAAAACAAUCUACACCUUUUAGGUGCCACCGCCAUAGAGGAUAAACUGCAGGAAGGAGUGCCAGAAACAAUAGCUUCGCUGCUUGAUGCCGGCAUCUAUAUAUGGGUAUUGACGGGAGACAAACAGGAAACCGCCAUAAACAUUGGCCACUCAUGCAAACUCAUUUCACCCUCCAUGGACAUAAUAAUAUUGAAUGAAGAGAGCUUGGACACUACACGGGAAGUUAUACACCGUCAUUCCAGUGAACUGCAAACCUCCAUCAAUAAGAACUGCAAUGUUGCUCUAAUAAUAGAUGGCAAGACGUUGAAGUAUGCUCUCAGCUGUGAUUUAAGACGUGAAUUUCAAGAACUUUGCACCGGCUGUCGUGUGGUCAUCUGCUGUCGCGUUUCGCCUAUACAAAAAGCCGAAGUUGUGGAACUGGUCACCUCAAGUACUAAAGCUGUUACGCUGGCCAUUGGUGAUGGCGCCAACGAUGUAGCCAUGAUACAAAAAGCCAAUGUGGGCGUUGGCAUAUCUGGUGUAGAGGGUUUACAGGCAGCCUGUGCUUCAGAUUAUUCCAUCGGCCAAUUUCGUUUCUUGAAACGUUUGCUUCUAGUUCAUGGCGCUUGGAAUUAUAGACGUAUUACCAAACUUAUUUUGUAUUCAUUUUAUAAAAAUGUCUGUCUUUAUGUUAUAGAAUUGUGGUUUGCCAUUUAUUCCGGCUGGUCAGGACAAAUAUUAUUCGAACGAUGGACUAUUGGUCUAUACAAUGUGGUGUUUACAGCAUUGCCGCCCUUCGCCAUCGGUAUCUUUGAAAAGGUAUGUUCAGCUGAAACUAUGUUAAAGUAUCCCUUCCUCUAUAAGCCCUCACAAAAUGCAAAACUUUUCAAUGUACAAGUAUUCUGGGUGUGGAUUAUAAAUGCUCUGCUGCACUCAAUCAUUCUCUUCUGGCUGCCACUGGGUGCCCUACAGUCAGAAAUUAUCUGGUCUAGUGGCAAAAUAUCCGAUUAUCUGUUGCUGGGAAAUUUUGUUUACACCUAUGUGGUGGUUACAGUCUGUUUGAAAGCUGGCCUUUCUACCAAUUCAUGGACUUGGCUAACACAUUGCUCCAUAUGGGGUUCCAUAGGUAUGUGGUUUAUCUUUAUUGCUAUAUACUCAAAUUUCUGGCCUGUUCUACCGGUGGCAGCCAACUUUUUGGGUAUGGAGAGAAUGAUAUUCACCACACCAGUCUUUUGGUUUGGCUUAUUAUUAGUACCUGUUACGACAUUACUAGUCGAUGUACUCUUUAAACUUGUACAAAAUACCGUAUUCAAAUCUCUAACCGAGGCCGUGCGAGAAUCCGAAAUACGUAAACAUGAUCCCGAUGAUGUUAUGAAUGAGACACGAUCAUCGUUUACGGAAACAGCUCGCUUGUUGCGUAGUGUUUUUAUAAGACGUGCCAAUACCCGGGUUGAUACCGAUGUUGAAUUGUCACACGGUUAUGCUUUCUCGCAGGAAGAAGGCGGCGCUGUAUCACAAUCUGUUAUUAUACGCUCUUAUGAUACUAACUUACAAAAACCGCGUGGUAACUAGAAAAGUCAACAGUAUUGGGCAAGACAAAGAUUUUAAUAUAAUAAACUAUAUACUUAUAUACAUAAUAUAUAAAAAAAAAUACAUACAUAAAUACAUUACUAUACAUAAAACAAAUUCGGUAGAUUUUUUAACUUAUCAAAAUACAAACAUACAUAUAGUAAAACAGUUUAUAAUUUAUAAUUUACAAGCUAAAUAAAUUCAACUUUUCAGGGAGGCUAACUAAACAAAUUAUUGGCAUUCAUACUUUUAGAGAGUUAUCUAAAACAUUGUUUAGUUUUAAUAUUAAAAUAUUCUGCCUUGUUCUGUAAACCGAAUUCGAGUAACAUUUUUGUUUUUAAAACGAAUUCAUGAAAAAAAAAACAUGAUUUACUAGCUUUACAUUCGUGUAAACAAACCAAAAUGUACAAAAUCAAGCGAUUUACCGAACUUCCAUUUGUAAAUUUUUAAUUUUUGAAACCAUGCGUUUUACUGAAAAGGGGUGAUUAUUUUUCAAUUGGAGUAUAAUUUUAUAAUGUUGAAACGUUAACUAUAUCGCAAAGUUAAUACCGAAACUCAAUAUUAUUAGUUAAAACUUAAUUAAGCUCUGGAUUUUAUUAAAUAUGUAUGGCUUUAUUCAUACUUUUUAUGGAAAAUUGUUAAAACUUAACAAUUUAUUUUGAAUUCUUUACUACCAAAUAGUUUGUUUGCCUUUCCUUUCUAGUUGAUCAGCGAUACAAGGGACUUAGUAAAACAUUAACUCUUAAUCUUUAAAAAAAACAUACUUAUAUAGGGAGGAAAUUUUAUUUCCAAAACUUUUUAUAUAGAAUCAUAUUUUUUAAGUUCAAUUUAUUGGCAAUCAAAAUGAUAUUAAAGUUAUGUUGUAAACGCAAUCUUAACCUACAAAUAAUAAAAAACAAAA